AUUUAUUACCAUCUUUCCAGUUACCAUUUCUUCUCCCCAUUUCACUUCCUUCCUUCUUCUCUUGGCUUCUCUUUAUCUCUAUCUAUCUACCCUCUCUCUCUUACUCACACUCACACCCUUCACUUCACUUCUUAAAUACUGCAAUUAACUCACAUAAUGUUAGUUUUGUGACAAACACACAAUAAUCUCUUCACUUUGAUCUAUUACUUCUCUCUUCCCCCUUUUUUAUCAAUUCAAGUUUCAAACACUCUCUUCUUUUUUUUCUUUUUUGUUUCUGUUUGCAAUAACGAAAUGGCAUCAUCGGAUAACAUGGCGAGCAUUGAGCCGUGGAUGAUUCGUCCAUCGAUGGCAGACUCGUGGCUCGCCGAGUACAUAGCUCGCGACGCCGAAACCCUGACCAAGGCUUUGCAGAAAUCGAUUUCCGGCGAGGACGCCGUGUCUCCGUUCUACAACCUCGUCAAGCCCGACGCUGCGUCUCCGGCAACCCCCACCGUCUCCAGCCUCUCCGGCUCCGACCAGGAUUCCGCGCCGAAGCGCCACCGGACCAGCGCCGCGGUUCCGCCAACCGGUAAGGUCGCGAAGCGGAAGUCGCGCGCGUCGAAGCGGUCGCAGACGACGUUCAUCACGGCUGACCCGGCGAACUUCCGGCAGAUGGUGCAGCAGGUCACCGGCGUGAGGUUCGGGGGCUCGCACGUGCAAAUGGCGCCGGUGCUGAAGCCGGAGCCGCAAAGGGCCGCCGGAGUUGGAGCCGCUCGGUUUUCAUCGGCGGGAGCGGGGUGUCUACCGACGCUGGAUACGUCGGCGUAUUUGCUUGACCAUCACCAGCAGCAGGUUGUGGUGGGGCCCAACUCGGCGGCUGCUGGGGCUGGGUUUUCGGGCCCGGGCCCAUAUCCUUUGGCCCAAUCCCUUGUGGCGCUGGAUGCUGGUGGUUCUUUUGCUUCUGCAGGUUUAGAUUAUGACACUUUCUCGAGCUUUCCAACUCUGGAAUCGUGGAAAGUUAUGUGAAAAAUUAAGAGAUGAGAUUAUCCCCAAUUUUUAACUUUUUCACUUUUUUGCCCCUCUCGUGGGUUCAGAAUUGGGGUCCCAGUGAUAUCUGCUAGUGGAGGUUGAUAUGGGGAUAGCCAGGAUCUGUAUGUAAAUUUGGGAAGGGAAUGGAUAUGGACUUAGUAGUGUACUUUUUUUUUUUCUUUCCCUUUUUCUUUGUAUUUUUGUUAUAUAGUUUCUUUAUUAUUAUGCGGGGUGGGGGGUGUAUUGGAGAUAUGGUUACCUUUGAAUGGUAGCUUUGUUUAGUUUAAUUAACCUAAUUAAUGCAAUCCUAAGUUUAUGUAUUUAACAAUGUCCU